GUGAUCGCUGAGCAGGAGGAAGUCAAAUAGUUUCUCCCACCAGAUUCACACUGACAGACACGCAACGCAGACAGAACAUCCAGAAACAUGAGUGACCUUGGAGGGGUGGGAGAGACCCUGUCCUUCAACCAGUCCUCAGUUACCAACAAGAACGCCACCAGUUCGACUCACUGUGGUCCGGUGGAAACACAGGGGGCUCAUCUUUUCCUCAUGCUGUUCUACAGCCUAGUGUUUCUGGUGGGUCUGCUGCUGAACGGCUUCACUCUGAAGGUCUACUUCUGCCGUGCUCAGCAGCAGACGUCCAGCAGCGUGACCAUCUACCUGAAGAACCUGGCGGCUGCCGACUUCCUGAUCAGCCUCUGCCUCCCCAUACGAAUCAUCAACUUAGCCAGCAGCUCUGUCCCUGUCCGCCUGGUCUACUGCAACUUUGGUGCCUCCGCCUUUUACCUCAACAUGUACGCCAGCAUCCUGUUCAUGGGUUACGUCGCAGCCAACAGGUAUUUGAAGAUCGUCCAUCCUUUAGGAACUCACAUCCUGCAGACGGUACGAGCUGCUCAUGUCAUUUCCACGGUAACCUGGGUUCUUCUCCUGGCCAUGAUGAUGACAUACGUCCUCCUGUCGCUGCUCACACAGGAAUCAUUACAGUCUGUCCCCAUGACAGCAAGCUGUGACGUCCUGCACAGCCAACUGCUCGGGGUGCUUUACAAAGUCUUCCACACCUGCUCUACCGUCACCUUCCUGCUCGUUCUCAUCUCCCUGGUCUUCUUCUACUACAGCACCUCCCACAGGCUGUCGCUGGCACAGCAGAGGCAGCCGGCAUCCUCCAGCUCCAAGAAACUCGCCAAGUCCCGCAGGAACAUGUUGGUGCUGGUCAGUGUCUUCUGCAUUUGCUUUGUUCCUUACCACCUGGUCCGUCUUCCCUACGCCUUCUUGAAGAGGCAGUGCUCGUGGAGCCAAGCGUUCUUCUACCUGAAGGAGCUGACUGUCAUGGUGACCGCUCUCAACGUCUGCCUGGACCCACUCAUCUAUUUCCUCUUCUGCAAGGCCUUCCGGGCCCAGAUGAGCCUGAGGAGGAUGUUCAGCACCACGCAGGUCACGACACAUGCAGAAAGAUUUGAGGGGAGAAGCAGCGACGAGCUGAGGAGCACCAUCAGAACCAACAGGAAGACGUCACUCAGUAUGACAACAAAGCAGAACUGUGUGCUGUAGCUUCAGGCCAACAGAGACUGACACCCAUGACUCUUGUUAAAAACAACAAUCACAUCACAACUAUAAGCAUACAACAAGUGGAGUCCGCAGGUAUAAAAAGACCAGCCAAUAGGAGUCGUCCAUUUCAGUCACCUGCUUUCAAACAGAAGAAUUCAGGCUCCUUACAGACGUGGGUCUUUUACUCUUGCAUUUUGUGUUUCUUUCUUCUUUCUGAUUUUUUUUUGACACUGAACAUUAGAAGGUCAAAUGAUAAAUCAUGUAAAGUGACAUCAGUGAGCUAAAGUUGCCAGGCCAGAUUUAUCAAGGAAGUAAAUUUCAUAAUUCAUCAACUAUUGUAUUUUAUGUGGUUCAGUACACUGUAUGGACAUCUAAGGACUAUAUUUUGAGAACUACAACAGGAAUGAAUGUAGAGAACAUAGCAACAUAAAACAUAGGCUAUAUAUACAGUAUACAGUAUAUAGCCUAUGACUAUAUGUAAUAUGUAAUAUGUAUGUUUAAGUAUGUAUGCUUAUAUUGUAGUUAUAUGUUAAAUGAAUAUAUAUCCAUCCCACAGCCUGUCAGUAUAAGUCUAUAUUAUAUGAAGUAGGGUCAAAAAGUCUGAGAGCACUUUCCCAUAAUGAGAAGGUAGACGUAAUUAAAUUAAUCAGAAAUUAAAAAAAAAAACAUAUUAAAGUGUGUGUAUAUAUAUAUGUAUGUUUUAAUAAACUUACAUAUAUUACAUAUAACAUACAUCAGUCUUGAUAUAGAGACAUACUGUAUAUGUCAUAAUGUAUAUUACAUUUCUGUAUGGACUCCUGCCGCACGGAAACUUUAGUGAUGUCCCUCACUUUGGAUAAAAGCUUCUGACAAAUGAGUGAAUGUUAAUGUAAGUGGUCACAAAACUGAUCCUGUGUUUUGUGGCUUCACAACCUGAACCUUGAGAAAGCUCAAGGCAACAGACUACCACAGCACUGUAACAUACUGUUUGGAAGGUCAGUGAUGUCUUGACACAGACAACAGUUGAAGAGGUGCAAUGAUUUUUAAACAUCAGCACCAUUAAAUUAUUUGUGUUUGUACAUGAUGCGAUGUGGAUCUUUCAGACUGUGGGGCGGUGCAGGUGCAGACUAA